AUGCUAGGCCACAGCACUUUGACUCUCACUCAGCAGAGCACACUGAUCUCUUCAUCCACUUUGAACGGCCAGUACACAACAUGUGCACAUACCAGAGCCAUAGUGUCUCCAUACCUAUCACUGUCUCCCAGCCUGGUUCAGGGAACCCGGGCUCCUCCCAUGGGACCUGAAGAGGAUAGCCUGCCCCCUUCCUACUGGCAAGGAAGCCAGCACUGUUGCUGUCACCCACAAAAACUGGGGCCCCUGUUCUCUAAACAACUUGGUCCCUGCCUGCAGGCUCAUGGCUCUGUGUCCAACAUCAGGAGUAGGCCCUCUACCCCUCAAUCAGACAUAGGGAUGGACCUGGAGGGUGUUCAUCCCAUCAGUGGUUUAGCACUAGUCGUCACCUUGGGAAUAUACUACUCAGAGUCUACUGAACCUGUCCAAGACACAAAUGUUCUAGAUAAUUUCUGCAAUCCAUAUGUCCUUGGAGCUGCAAACUCGGGGCAGCUCUUUCUUCCUAUGGGGAGUGAUGCCACUUAUAUAACAGCAAGUGCCUACAACAUCUCCAGACUGCAGAUACCAGUCUUCACUUCAGCCUGGCCACUGCCAUCACCCUUGGCCACCUCUUUCCACCCACUCAUGGGGAGUGCAUACCUGUGCCAAUAUUCUACCACAACCAUGUGGGCAGGGCAGGCUGCACACAGCCACAUCUCCACCUCAGCUGCCUCCUCUUCCAGGAUUUGGGAAUGGGACAUGCUAGGCCACAGCACUGUGACUCUCACUCAGCAGAGCACAGUGAUCUCUUCAUCAACUUUGACCAGCCAGUACACAACAUGUGCACAUGCCAGAGCCACAGUCUCUCCAUAUCCAUCACUGUCUCCCAGCCUGGUUCAGGGAACCCCGGCUUCUCCCAUGGGACCUGAAGAGGAUAUCCAAUCCCGUCCCUACUGGGAAGGAAGACAGGGCUGUUGCUGUCACCCGCACACACUGGGACCUCUGUUCUCUGGAGAAUUUGGUCCCUGCCUGCAGCCUCAUGGCUCUGUGUCCGACAUGGGGAGUAGGGCCUCUACCCCUCAAUCAGACAUAGGAAAGGACCUUGUGGUUAUACAUCCCAUCAAUGAUUUACCACCGGUCUGCACAUUGGAAAUGUACUACUCAGAGACUGCUGAACCCACCCAAGACACAAAUGUUCCAGGAGAUGCACAUGGCCCUAGCAUGGAGGCCUCCUUUCCUCACAUUGUGUCAGCCAGACAUUCCAGACUAGACCAAGGCCUGCAGGAAGAUCUUAUGCAAUUGACAGUUGACACAACAACCCAACCCCAAAAUAUGGGAAGCGUCAAAGGGAGCCUGCAAAUGAAGAACUCAAUUGGCAGCAACAGUCCCUCAAUUCAACCAGGGAAGAACAAGCAUGAAGUCCUUGAGCUUGCUGAUGAAGCUCCCAAGGCCAAAGUCCAGCGCCAGAACCCAGAGAAGCACUUGGAAGAACAAGCAGUAGUGUGCACUCUCCCACGUAGUGACACUGGAAAUCUAUGCAGGCCUUCUACCAAGAAACGGCCAAAACCGCCACACAGCAGCAUCAGCCAAACGAAGACCCAGGGGUCACAAAAGAACCAACAGGUUAGAGAAACCAACAGGAAGCGCAUUGGAACAACCAAAGAGCCAGGGAACCAAGUGCAAACACAGAAGACAAGCACUACAAAGGAAAGGCGUAAGAGAAACCAACCUGAGCCUUCCCAAGAGGCCUUGAGAAAGCCUCGAAGCCACCUAGCCAUGCACAUGAUGGAGUCAGUGCAGGUUUUUCAUGCACUGGGUGAUAAGAGGGGGAAGAAAACGGGGCUGCCUACUUCCAGGGCCUUGGGACAGGCCAACGCUUCCAAAGACACCAGAUUUUCAACAGAGACUCAGUCAAACCUGCAUUCUAAAAGUCCUCUGAAAUUUCGAGUAAACAAAACAAAGCGCAGUUCAGAAAAUCAGUGUCCCUCCCCAAGCCAGAGUGAGCUGCUGCCUCCACCUGGAAAGGUCAAGUUGGUGCCAUUGCCUUUUCUCUCCCCAGAGAAGCCUCGAGUUCGACCUGCUUCUCGCAGGCCACAGUCUCUGGCCUCCAGGAGACCCACUGGAGCUUACUCUACCCGGCCUCUUCCUAACACAGCCCAGCCUGUUCCAGUCAAUGCAGCCCAACCAGCUACCGACAACUCAUGUCUGAUGACAACUCGGCCUACUAUCAGCAAUUCCACUCUGGGGGCAAUCAACAAACGUCCCCAGUCUGUUCUUUCUAGUAGGCCGGCACCCUACGAAACCUCAUCCUUCACAUCUCGGUGGAACACUACUGCCACCAAGCUCAGCUCACUACCUAAGCCUCCACACCAAUAUCUCCUACAAGACUUCAGCUUGCAACCCAUUCCAUGGAGGAAAUCCCAUGUUCCUGGCCCAGUAGAGUCAGAUCCCAUCAGCAAGGAGCUGAGGCCAGAGCGGGAAGCCAUGAAAAGACAGGCUCAGCAAGAGCGUGGCAAGGCUGCCAAAAACACCUUUGUGGGGAAAAUCCCAUUCUUCCACCAGAGACAAAUAGACAUGGAGAUUGCCCAAUACUAUGGCUAUGCCAUAUAA